UGGUUCUUUCGUUCCAAAGGCUUCCCUAAGCGCAUGCUGGGAUGCCACCGAUUCACCGCCGGGACCCCUCCCGUGUCAUGCCACGACCCCACCAAUGUAGCUCUCUCGAUUUGGAGCAUCGUAAUAUGUUGAAGAGCUUCUAAUCAUAACUCCGAGAAACUAUUUUACACUGGGGUUGCUGCAGCUGUUUCCUCAUCACCGAUUUCGUUUUCCUCUCAAGCACAUUUAGACUUUUCUUUCAUCUGCACAUCUGUAGUGACAAUCACAAUGGGAAUUCCUUCUUUUGAGCCCAUUGCCAUUAUUGGCGGAGGAGCUUUCGGCCUUUCCACAGCUCUUGAGCUCAUCCAGCAAGGAUACACAAAUGUUACUGUUUUCGAGAAGGAUGAAGAGAUUCCUUCGCGCUGGUCAGCUGCGAACGAUCUGAACAAGAUCGCCCGUGCCGAAUAUGAGGAUGAUUUCUACACAGAUCUGGCAGUGCAAGCCCAAAAUGCCUGGCAAACACCUUUGUUCGCUCCCCAUUUCCACCGUGUCGGUUUCCUCAACUGCUGCUCUGGGGCUGCUUCUGCGAAGGCCGUUGACACCUGCAAGAGGUUCCAGGCCUCUGCGGAGCGACACCCCGAGAUGAAGAAGUACGUAAAGACGAUCAACAGCGCCGACGACAUCAGAGCCACGACCUGGCAAUUCACCGGCGAGCUUCCUGGCUGGAAAGGCUAUCUCAACCUCUUUGACGGUUAUGUGCACUCCGCCAAUGCAUUGCGAUCAGUCUACAAGAAGGUGCGCGCCGAAGGCGUAAGAUUCUUCCUUGGUGCCGAUGCAGGUGCCAUCAGCGAGAUUGUCUACAAAGAUACCCCCCAGGGCAGGAGAAGCACCGGUGUGAGGACGAAGAAUGGCCGAUUCCACCCAGCUGCGCUCGUCAUUGUCGCAGCGGGCGCCGCAGCCACCACCCUCGUGCCUGAAGCCGGCUCAACCAUUGUUGCAAAGUCCUGGUCUGUAGCCCACGUUCUGUGCACCGAUGAAGAGACAUCUGCCCUCCGCGGCAUCCCCGUCACAUACGCUAGGGAUCUUGGUUUCUUCUUUGAGCCCGACCCGAAGACCAACCUGCUCAAGCUCUGCCCCAUGGGAGGAGGCUACAUCAACACAGACCCUAAGACUGGUCUCUCGCAACCACCCCAAUCCCCAGCUGAGAGCUCCUUCUUGCCACCGGGCGACGAGAAGAAGUUGCGUGAGCUUCUUCGACAAACCCUCCCAGCACUUGCAGACCGACCGUUCGUGAGGAAGUCGUUGUGCUGGUUCGCCGACACAAGCGACUCCGACUUCGUCAUCGACUAUGUUCCCAACACCUCCUCCACAGUCAUGUUCUUGUCCGGUGAUUCGGGACACGGCUUCAAGCUGUUCCCUAUUGUUGGUCACUGGGUGAGGGAUCUGUUGAAGGCAUCCGACAACAAGCAGAGCAUUACUCGAUGGCAAUGGAGGGAUCCCAAGAACCAGAAGGAUGCUGGAGAUGUCAGCUGGCGCGUGGGAGAUGUUACUGAGUUCAAGGACAUUCGCCCUGUAGCUGGCCCUGCGAAGUUGUAAUUCAUAGCAUCUGGCGUUAUCUUUUUAUUACUAUUAUGAUUAUCAUCAUGAGUCUAGAAUUGAUUUCAUUUCUACGUUU